AUCCAAAGCACAUUGCCACCCAUGUCUUCUAUUUUAUAUUAUUUAGAUAUUUCCAAAAAUUUCUUAAAUGGAUCGGCUACUGCGCACUUUUGUAGAAGGAAAGAGAAGGAAACAAACUUGCAAUAUGUAGAUCUAUCAAGAAAUCUUUUCUCGGGAGAACUUCCUGAUUGCUGGAUGAAAUUCAAAAAGUUACAGGUCUUGAGAUUGGACAACAAUAAUUUCAAAGGCAAUGUGCCAAGCUCCAUGAGUUCUCUAACAUAUCUUGAGUAUUUACAGUUGGGCAGAAACAACCUCUCAGGAAAAAUACCUGCGGUAUUGCGAAAUUUUAAUAAAUUAAUAGUUUUGGAUCUUGGGGAGAAUAAAUUUUCUGGAAGCAUACCAUUGUGGAUGGGGAAAAGCUUUCCUGGGCUAAAACUCCUUCGCCUCCGUUCAAAUAUGUUGAGUGGCAGUAUUCCGCCCAAGCUCUGUCUUCUCAAAUCUCUUCAAAUCCUGGACCUUGCGCAUAACAACAUCUCAAGAACCAUUCCAGAAUGUUUUGGUGACUUCAACGCAAUGGUCAACAAGCCAAAUAAUUCAUGGUACUUCGCAUUUGAAAUUUAUAUUGGUGCUGGGAUUGCCUUCGUAGAUGACAUACGGCUAGUAAUGAAAGAUCAAGAGUAUGAAUAUAGUAGUUCAAUCUUUCGAUUGGCGACAAGCAUGGACCUCUCAUGCAACAAUUUAUACGGAGAGAUCCCUACAGAGUUGACCCGUCUCCAAGAUAAUUGUACCAAAAAUGAUGAUCAUGCGGUUCCAAUUAUACCAAAUGGUGGCAUGGAGGAGGAGCAUGAUAUAUGGAUUGACAUGAAGUGGUUUUAUAUGGGUUUGUCAUUUGGAUUUGUGGUGGGUUUUUGGGUAGUUUUGGGUCCUUUAGCAUUUAGCAAGACUUUCAGAUUGGCCUAUUUUCAGUACUUGGAUGACUUGAAAUACAAAGUAUUCAGAUUUUUCCUUUGAGUCAAUGUAAUUCGUAAGUCCAUAUUCCAGUACUUAAUAAAACAACACAAGGUCUGAUGGGUUGUCUUUAUAAU